AUGAACUUAUCAACAUCUUCUUCACCAUCACCAUUGUUAUUGGGUUCAUCAAGUAAGGAUAACUACCACGACUCAAGUGACGAUAACGACGAUAAAUUCGAUAAGUUUCAACUACAAAGGGCUCCCUCAUCGCGACAAAGAAGAAGAUCAAAUAGUUCGAGCAAUAUAUUGGCCUCAACCGUAAACGUAAAGGUGGUUCGUUCUCCCGCAAGGAGGGAUGCAAACUUCGAUAACACUUCUAAUAAUUAUAAUAUUCAUACAAACGAAUACCGUCCAAUACCACGUCCUCCUAGAUUAGCUUUCGACACUUCCUUUGACACUUCGGUUGAGUUAAGGAUGCCAAUGACACCUCCUUCAAGACAAGAGUAUAAAGCGCAUCAUCAAAGUUAUCAACAAAUAUUAUCACAAUAUAAUCCACACAGUCAUCGGGACUAUCAAGGGUUAUCUGGAAAGGAAUCGAGAACAACAAGUUUCAGUAGCACCAAGAGUAAUAAGAGUAAUAAAAGUUCCCUAAGCAUGAAUAAAACUUUAACCGCUUUCUAUAAUGAACGGAUAGAGAAACGUACGGCUUUCGAUAAUGAUGAUGAUGAGUGUUCCGAUUCGGAAUCGGACACAACCCUUUCCGUUUCAUCCGGCGAUGAUAUUCGAGAAUGUAAAAAGGGUCAUCGUCGCAAUCGAUUGGCUAGACAAUUAUCAAUGCUACGGAAGGAAAUUGAUGUUGUAAAGAGUUCCUUAUCCGGCUUACAGAAAGAUCACAAGGUAAUGCUAGACGAGAAAAAACAAUUGGAGCAACAAUAUCAAGAGGCGAAAUAUGAGGUGACCAAGACCUUGGAGAAUAGUGCCAAUGAUUUGAUAGAAUAUAAUGAAUUAUUAAAUGCAAAGAUGGAAAAACUAACAAUGGAAUUGGGAGUGCUCCCAUCAAAUGAAAAUUCUCCCCUUUCAGAUGAUAACGGUAUAAUAAGUGGUGGUAAUGGUGAAUGGCCAAUGGCAUACGCGAACAUUAUGAACAAUUGUGUGCAACAAGCAAAUAAGUUGGAGUUUUUACAAGCUGAACUAGAGAAAUCUAAACGAGAUUUUCGUUUAUUAUUGGACUUUAAAGAAGAAAUUGAAAAAACUUUGGAGGAAAAAGAGCGUGUAUAUUUGGAACAGAUUCGACAUUGUGAGGCUGUUACCAAUGGUCAAGCUGGUAUGAUCGAUUCCAUGGAAAAAUUAUUAAAAGAAUUGGAAGAUAAGAUGGAUAAAUUAUUAUUGGAAAAGAGUGAGAAGAGACAAGAACGUUUUGUAAAACACAAACAUAAUUCAAGUGUUAGUUCACAUUUGUCUGCGAGUAGUAUAAUAGGUGAAAAAAAAAGGAGACGUGCUCAAAGAGUAUCCAUUGACAUAAAAAAGGGGUCUCCACCAAAUAAUUGUUCAAUUGACAAUUCUAUAAAUCUCACGCCUGCUGAAGAAUUGGUACCUGCAUAUUGUUUGGCUCCUCCACAGACGCGUCGUCAAUCAUAUACAAAUCCAAUAUCGUUAUUUACGGACGAGGAACGAAUUCGACAUCAGUCUCGUUUUUGCCUAGCAAAAAGAUGGGUUGAAGAUGAUGAGGUGUCAAUAUGUCAACAAGCUGAUUGUGCUGUCAAGUUUAAUUUCUGGAAUCGAAGGCAUCAUUGUCGGAGAUGCGGUAAUAUCUUUUGCAAUACACAUAGUGCCUAUUCUAUGCUACUGUUUCCCGAUGGUAGUGAGGAUUGGGGUGGUGUAUGGUCAAGAGUUUGUGAAGGUUGUUUUAAAGAUACAAAAUAA